GUCAUGUUGGGCUCAGAGUCCAUAUAUCGCAAGAAAGUGAGCUUGGGCGGGGUUCGUCCAGCCCAUAAAAGUCCAGAUCCAGAAGUGAUUUUUGAUGUUGGUGCUGGUGCUGGUGCUGGUCAGGGAUACCUGGCACAAGUUCUUUCCUUUCAGUACAAUCAUCCUGUGGUUGCAAUUGAUUCUUGUUCUCGUCAUGGGAAAGUCACAGAGACAAGGGCUCAACAAAUAAGAAAGCAUUGUGCUGCUCAAAUUCGUAAAUUGGGGAAUUGGGACAUCAGUAUACCCAGGACGAUAACAUGCCGUGUAUUGUCGACUGACAUGCUAAAAGCCCUGGCUGCCAUAGUACCACCAGCUGAUGAUGUCAAGGAGCCACAGUUCAUCAACGAAGAUACAGAUGGGAAACCUUCAUUGGUACUUGCUGGAUUACAUGCUUGUGGUGAUCUUUCAGUGACAAUGCUGAAAGUGCAGACUGCAGAGAGAUGGAGUUGUCUUGACAAAGAUGCUGGUCUUCAGAAUUUUGAUUUGCAUGCCUUCAGUGUUGUUUUCCGGAUGGUUCUUCUUAAAUACAAUCCCGGAAUCAUAACUUCAAGCCCCUCGGUUGGUCGUCAAGGGAAGCCUUGCGCCGCAAGCAGCAGAGGGAGGUCCCCUAUUCCUUUGAAAAUGCUGAAGGAGCAAGAUGGUCUGCUGGAUGCAGCUAUGUUACCCAUUUUCGAUCCUGCGUUAUCUCCAAGGAAUGUGGCCAUAAUUGCCAGAAGAACUUGACACUAAGGUGUAAAUGAAGCAUUACAAAGACGACAGUGGAAGAAAGGUCAGAUGAUCUUGAUGCCUGCCUCCUAGUUGAGCAUUUUCUGUUCUACUGGUUGAUGCAAGUUCUGGAGAAUUCCAAGGGAAAACUGUUCGCAAAAUGAUUGAUCGAAUUGUCUUCUAAUCUUGUGAAACCUUAUAAAAACUUGAUCUGAUAUCCAAAAAAACAGGCUAUAUCUUCUUUUCACUUCACCUGCAUGUUCAAUUCAGAUGGCAGAAGUACCUGUCUCCUUUCGUAGGUAUAAUUGUGAACUGUUUAUGUUGCCCAUGAAUGUGAAGCUGCAAAAACUGGUUGAGAUGAUGAACUGACGUUUAAUGAUGCUAUUUCCUAUUUUUUCUUUUUUUGAAAUCCAUUGGUGAAAACUUUGCUUCUACUACUAAUACCUCAAGCAAGUUUGUCAAUUCCUGAAUGCUUUGUCUCUUGAUGCCCUAGGCCAAGAUUGGAGUGUGACAGACCAAGUUAAAAGUCCUAAGAGUUCAUUUCCCAGGGUCCACAUGAGGCUGCUUACUAUUGUUCUGAUGCAUACUUGUGUAGGACCUUGUUUCUGUUUACCCGUUGAUGUCAAGAAGUAUAGGCUUUGUGAUGAUUAUUGUAAUUUGCCUACCCUACAUGCUUCAAUACUGUUCUAUUAAACUAGGAGAAUCAUUGUAACGAUCAAUCGUCAUCCAUUGGAGAAGCUUGGAUAUUCGUGUUUGAAAGGACUUUGAUAACUGUAGCUUUCUUUUUCAUAGCAGUGUGAAUGAAGGUCACUGUUAGCAAGUUGGAAAAUAAUUUGAUUGAUUAUAUUUCGAUAGGGAGAAGCGUUUGUCCGCACUCAGUUUGUCAGGUACCUAUUUCCGACCCACUCUAGGAAUUCCCAUCAUACACGAACUGUGAAGAGAAACAAUGCCAAAAAAUGAUGUGACUGGGGAAUAAUUGCUGUGUAUUGACGAAAAUCUAGCCGGUCGGUCUUUUGCAGUUUCUGACCAGCGGUUCAGCUGUAGAAGUCCUGGCAGGAACAUAUCUACCCAUGAGCAGAAAUAAGCGGAAAGUGAAAGAUCAUGGUAUUUCAAAGACGUCUAAGUGCAGUCUCUUCUGAGAGCUAUGGGGAAGAAGAUGCAUUGGAUCAUGGAUGAAAGAGAAACUCCUAGUACCGCCUCCACAAGGUGGAAUGAAGGAGUUGCUGAUACUAUAAGUGAGUACGUAACGAGCAUUGGGCUAGGAGUUGUUAGUAAUGAUGUUGAAUAAUGAGCGGGACAUGUCGAUGUUGAUAAGUGAUGAAAUUAAAGUCGAUGGUAAUGUAGUGUAUACAUCUUUCAUUAAUUUCCUAAGGGGUUGACAAGUGUAUACAUUUUUCACACACAAGGGGGAUGUCCAAUACCAAUAAUAUCCUAAGGGAG